AGAACAAAAAGGUAUAUUUAACUUCACUGUGAAUAAAUUUUUACUGUGCGGUUGGAAGUUGCGAUAACAUUUUGCGAAAAAAUUGCAUCUGCGUUAAUCAAAAGCCUUUACUAAUUUGUUUUUUUCAGUUUAAAUAAAGUUAAGAAGUUGCUUAUUUGUUGAACUAGAAAUCAAAAACAAACAUUAAGGAUAAUGGCGAAGAAAACCUACGAUUUACUUUUCAAGUUGUUGCUAAUCGGCGACUCAGGCGUAGGAAAAACUUGCAUACUAUUCCGAUUCUCGGAUGAUGCAUUCACGUCUACCUUUAUUUCGACAAUUGGAAUUGAUUUUAAAAUAAAAACGGUCGAGCUAAGGGGGAAAAAAAUUAAGCUUCAAAUAUGGGACACUGCCGGUCAAGAACGUUUUCACACAAUCACAACAUCCUACUACCGUGGCGCUAUGGGUAUAAUGCUGGUAUAUGAUAUAACAAAUGAAAAGAGUUUCGAGAAUAUAGUAAAAUGGUUACGAAAUAUAGAUGAGCAUGCCAACGAAGAUGUGGAGAAAAUGAUUCUGGGUAAUAAAUGCGAUAUGACAGAUAAGCGUGUUGUUAGCAAAGAACGCGGUGAGGCGAUCGCGCGGGAGCAUGGUAUAAGAUUUAUGGAAACAUCUGCCAAAUCCAACAUCAAUAUCGAGCGCGCAUUUUGUGAACUGGCUGAAGCUAUACUAGAUAAAACGUCUGGUCGCGAAGCAGCCGAGAAUCCUGAACGCCUGGUAGUUGAUCGUCGAAAUAACGAAAAAGCGCCAGCCUACAAGAGUUGUUGUUCUUAAGGACACAUACCAUAACAGCCACCCCCAAUCUACCAUGCCACCAACAGCACCACCACCAACUACCACAUUUAAAACCUUAUUGGUACUAAAUAUCAGAGGCCAAUAAGAGUUGCGAAAUCAUUAGAAUAGUUUUGCCUAAUAAAAAAUAAGAUACUAUCGAUUUUUUACUUAAAGAGAAAGUAAUUACUUAUCAACAGCUACUCAACUCGCUACUAUAUGUAUGUGUGUAUUGUGUUUUUUUUUUAUAAGACGAAAAGGGAUAAAAUGUUUGUAAAAAGUAAGAAUUGAAAAAUGGUAUUGCUUGUGCAAUGAUUUACAUACAUAGGUGAUCAUGAUACAUAUGCUUACUCGCUUCUAAAAAGAAAUUUAAAAGAAGAAAGUAAUGAAUUACAAAAAAUUUUAAAGUAUA